CAGACGACACAUUUCUCUCUCGAUGACAACACCGGCCUCGGGGCAGAUUGCCAUUAACCUGCAUUGUUUUCCUGAAGUGUAGCUGGGCCCUGUGUGAAAGCAAACGGCGUGGUCGCUGGUGUACAGCUAGAAGGUGCUGAUGUAGUUGUUGUCGUCCUGUUUGUGACACAGCGAGUACCUUGAUCGUCCCGCCCAGCAGACCGGGGCACCUAUACUGUUUCAGUACUGUACGGUCGUGCAACCUUGCUAUCAAUAUUGAUAGGAUAUCGACAGGUUACGUACAGCUGAGAGAUUCUAACAGCGGAGCAGUUCUGUGGCUUCGAAAAGUAUACAUUGAAUGACGUAGCCUGGGAGAGUAAGUGUGCCGGCUGUUGCCUACAAGCUGACCUGGAUUACACAGCGUGAAACAAUGGCGAAUGUUACAGAGUGUGACGUCCUCGCCGCUCCCAAUGACGAUUACAUGAUACUCAGCAACUACAACGUCACUGCGGGUUCCUACGUCGUGGUUGGCUGCAGGAAGUUCGGACACCGUGUGGUUGGUCCAUCCAAUGUCACGUGUCUCCCAACAGGGGCGUGGUCGGAUGCCGUGAAACCAGAAUGUAGUUGGACGUGGGAGCUGACGACUCACGAGAAGCUCGUGCUAGGGACAUCCAUCGCUGCCGGGGCUUUUCUCCUUCUCGUUACCAUGGCAAUCAUAAUCGCAUACUGUUGCUGCUACAGGCGGAUGAGGGACAGGGAACAUGAGAACUUCGGGGCCGUGUACGAGGACCGAGUGACGCCGUCCAAGAAGCACAACUACGACCACUACGGACCUCCCAUCAUCGAGGGAGGACCAGGCAUCUACCCCGACGCCUACUACGCCUACCAAGAGUACCCUGAGAACAAGACGUACCCACCCGACAUGACGGACGUGUCGGGGCUGGACAGGCCAUGGCUGGGCUACAUCCCUCGUCCCAAGGUGGCUGACGGGCGAUAUUACCACUGACAGUCACCUGUCCACGGAGCAGUAAAUCAAACCGUUGUUGCCAGCUGCACAUCCAGAUCUCGAAAGUGCUUCACUGUGUCGACACGCGAUACUCAGUGUUGAGAUCGAAGAGCUUGACUUUAGUAGCGAGCCUUAAGCUAUGGACGCAAUGAUUAAUGGCAGUGUGUUCAAACUAGAUAGUCAGGGUGUGUGGAGGAAUGGCCUUGUGACAGGGGCAGCGAUAAGUGUGUCUUCCUCCCACACAGGAGGGUAUGGAGACGUGACCAACAAAACCGGUAGCGGAGUCGGUGACGUAACUGGCAUUGUGUUGAACGAACGUCAGGCAGUGCUGGUGCCAUAACAACCCUAAAUGUCGAUGACGUCUCCCAUUACAAGUCAUGUUGCCAUAGCAACCUGUUAGCCAUGUUGCCCGACUCGUAGAGAAUUAUUUCCAUAUAGCCACAUCUCUACUAUGUUUAGCGCCAACCCUCCUAAACAUAGGCAGUAUAUUUUUGUACUCAACGCGUCUUUUUAUAUCAUGUCCAGAAAUACUUGUUUGUAGACAGCUGCAGCUAGACUAUGUAUCCUUUAUCACACACGGUGUGUAGGGGUUGUCCAGUAGCGGUGGCCACUGAAGGCGAGACAGGUGGACGAGCUGGCAUAUACUAAUUGGAGACUCGUGGCGGUGACACACGGUAUAUAUAACGCCAGUGCAUUAAGGUCAAACAGUUAUCAUUUCAUGACAGUAUGUUUUAUAAUACACAUGUACAGAGAAAUGUAAAUAUAUCUUUUAUUAAAGAAAUACAUACAAAA